ACCCACUGCUGCUCACACCCCAGAAAGGGCCCCCCUCUGACACUGGCAGAGCCUCAGGACCCGGAUUCCCAGAGCAAGAGGCUGCAGGUUGUGACAUUGUUCUCUCACCCCAGCUGUGUGGAUAGUGCCACACGCUCUCCAAACGACGACGGCUCUUGCACGCAUAUUCCAGUGUUUCUUUUGUCAGAGGGUCCAACAGAGCCUCAAUUCUUUCAGUGGCAGCUCUGAGUGGAGCGAGGAGUACUCAGCAGAGAUGGUGAAGAUGACAAAAUCCAAAACUUUCCAAGCUUAUCUGCCUAACUGCCACCGAACUUACAGCUGUGUCCACUGCAGAGCCCACCUGGCCAAUCACGAUGAGCUGAUCUCCAAGUCAUUUCAGGGAAGUCAGGGACGAGCCUACCUCUUCAAUUCUGUUGUAAACGUGGGCUGUGGCCCUGCAGAGGAGCGUGUCCUUCUUACUGGCUUACACGCCGUUGCAGACAUCUACUGUGAAAACUGCAAAACCACACUUGGGUGGAAAUAUGAACAUGCCUUUGAGAGCAGUCAAAAAUAUAAGGAAGGAAAAUUUAUUAUUGAGCUUGCCCACAUGAUCAAAGACAAUGGUUGGGAGUAAAGUGAAACUUUCUGUUCUCUUUUUGAAUACUUUUUUGUGAGAGAGACUGCAAAUGUAAUGGAAACCUGGGAGCCUCCUGGAUGACAGUGUCUCUUGAACUCCAGCCUGGCAGGUGGGCCUCUCCCAGCCGUGUCCUGGGUAAGGUGUCACACCCUCCAGCACGCGCUCCUCGUGUGUCUCGGCAUCUCCAAUGACCUUUUUCUAUUCUCAAGUUCUAGACAAAGAAUUAACCAACUGAU